AUGGCCCAACGUGUGACCCUCCGUAAACGCCAGCCCUACAACACCACCUCCAACCGCCGGCGUGUGGUCAAGACUCCCGGUGGCCGUCUCGUUUACCACCACCUCAAGAAGAUCCCCACACAACCCAAAUGCGGUGAUUGCGGGAUCGGUCUCCCAGGUGUACCUGCUCUCCGGCCGCGCCAAUACGCUACCGUCUCGAAACGCAUAAAGACUGUCCGACGGGCAUACGGUGGCUCGCGGUGUGGUGACUGUGUCAAAUCUCGCAUUCUGCGGGCAUUUUUGGUCGAGGAAGCCAAGAUAGUGAAGAAGGUCAUCAAGAGCCAACAGCAACAGAAGGUUGCUCAGAAGUAA